CAUUUAUGUUAUGAUUUGGGGCCAGUGCGCUACUUAUUAUGAACCAGAUCUUAGUAACACCACCACGGGGACGUACAUAUUUCCUAAAACUACAAGAAAAGAAAGACUAGUAACGGAAUUUGAGAAUAUCGGAGAGUUCAAAGGGAAGCGUGAGGUGUCAUUGGAGGCGAGUUAAUCCUCGUCACAGGGGACUAAUCCGCCGUGAUUAAUUCAUCGGGUUAUUUUAAAACAAACACAACAGCGACUAAAGUGAACCAAGGUUUAUUUAUUUGUUUAUUAAACAUUUUGGAUAUGUACAUAUUCAUAAUUAACGUUUGCUGUUGGGAAUUGGGAACGGUGACGCCGUUUUUGCUGAAAUUAUCAACAUACUUGACCGUUAGCGUGUAUGCUAAUUGUCGGCAAAAUAUUUACGUCUCGCGCGUUUUUUUGGUAAAACUGUGCGCGUGAGUCCUGGACAAACCGUGCAGUAUGACUCACUACUUCUCUUCAUUUUUAAUGUGCUCCGAGAGACCGAGAUCACGGAUCUCAAACCCCUCUGCUAUACUGCACUAGAUAGGACGUCAAAAUAGUGCGCAACCGCUGAUUUGGACGCAGGCAGAAUGAAGAAGAAGCACGUGACCCGUCAGUGUAUACAGUAGAUAUAUUCGAUCAGUUUAUUUCCGAGUGACUUAAAGAAGCAUCGUCAUGGCGAAAGCUUUGGAGGACACCAGUGUGCUGGAGGAAGAGCUGACCUGCCCUGUGUGCCUAGACCUUUAUCGAGAACCCCACCUGUUGCCAUGUGGCCACAACUUCUGCCUGCAGUGUCUGCGGAGGCUGAAGAGCCGUUCAGAGCGUGGCCGUCUGCGCUGCCCUGAAUGCCGCGAGAGCCACCGCUGCUCCAAGCAAUGGCAGAAGAACUUCAAACUUGCCAGCAUCGCUGACGGCUUUCGGCACCGCAACCGCACCCAGCGGCCCAGCCAGAGCCGACCAGGACCCUCAUACAGGACCGCUGAGGUGCGCUGUGAUUAUUGUGGUCCGGACAUUACCGGUGAUUCAGCCAAGAGAUCCACAGCGGUGAAGACGUGCCUGAAGUGUGAGGUGUCCAUGUGUCCAGAGCAUGUGCAGCACCACCUUGAGCUCCCUGCCUUCCGCGAGCAUCCGCUGGUGGAGCCACUGAGCGACAUGAGGAAGAGAAAGUGCAUAGAGCAUGACGAGAUGUUUCGAUAUUACUGUAUGGAUGAGCGCAAGUUCCUGUGCAAUGCAUGCACCAUUGAGGGAGGUCACAACAGGCAUGCUAUCAAAACGCUCAAGAAUACCAUGAAGGACCUGCGGGCAUCUCUGGACACACAACUACAGAAGGUGAACAGGAAGAUCAGAAGAGUAGAGAAAAAUGUAAAGGAGCAAAGAGAGGUGGAACAGCAAAACAAGGCCUUCCUGGAGGAAGUGGACAAGCAGGUGGACACCCUCCGAGGGGUUCUGAUGACCAGGCUGGAUGGAUUCCUGUCAUCGCUGAGUGAGGGCGUGCGUGCCUAUGAGGGGGAGAACAGCCUCAACAUCCAGCAGGGCGUGGUGCAAACUGAAGAGGACCGCAAUCGCCUGGGAGUUGUCCACGCAGGCAUCGAGCAGCUGCUACAGGAGAAUGACCCAUUCCAGUUCAUUAAGGAAUAUAUGUCAUGUGCCAAAAGUUACCGCAGGCUUCUGAAAAGGCCACUGUUUCAGCCACAUGCUGUGACAAUGGAUACAGAGGUCAUUGAGGAAUGUAUGGAAGGAAAACUGGAGGAUUUUAUGACUGAUCUGCGGGAACACAUCACCACAUUGAUUAACACUGUCUGUAAAGGUGAUGAGGUAGAUGAAGGAGAUGAGGGAGUGGAAGAGGAGGAAGAGGAAGAUAACAGCGAAGAAAAUGAAGACGAAAAUGAUAGCAGCAAUGAAGAGGAAGAGCAAGAGGAGAUGAGCAAUGAUGAGGAAGACUCUGACCACAGUGAGUCUACUUAUGACUACACCCCAGAGGAGGAAGAGGAAGAGGAGGAUGAGUGAUGCUAUACUCACUGAGCCUUCUCCGCACUUGUAAGCACUUUGAUUAAAAGUGAUUGCUUCUGUACCUUGUUUCAUUACUUUUUGAUAACCAAAAAUGCAUUAAUAUCUCUAAAUAUUUAGUAAGAAUUUCUAUCCCAGGCUGGCCAAUAGGGAAUCGCAAUGUACGCUCAUCUAAAUUACUUGAUACUAUACUUGAUACUGUGAAUUCAACCUGGAGUCUGAUAGUGAUUAACAUCUGUGCUUUAAGAAAAUAAUAUUAAACAUUAUGAUGUAUACAUCAUUUUUGAUAGAACUGCAGUUGUAUAAAAAUAAACAACAAAAAAAGUGUUUUGAUACUACUGACUGUGUGUGUGUGUGUGUGUGUGUGUGUGUGUGUGUGUGUGUAAUAAUUUGUAGUUGUGCAUCUGAACUGUCCUUUCAGGAUGAAUGUGUUGGUGUAAUAUAAAAUGAGCCUUGUUUCUAAUUCAAGCACUGAAUGUAAUUGCGUUUUUUUUUUUUUCUUUCUACAUUUCUAAACCUGUAGCAAGCUAAUUUUUGCAUUAAAAUAAAUAUAUACUGGG